AUGCUGAUCUGGCCUUGGUGGACACAGCAGGAAGCCACAGCCAAGGCUGAACACCAACAUCAACACUUGAUCUUGUCUGGCAAGGUCUAUUGCUCCCAGAGAGCGUUUUUGCUCUUCUGGCCAUUCAAUGGAAUUGGUGUCAGUUUCUACUCGUGCUCACUGGGCUUUCCAAGGGUGUUCUCCUUACUUGACACCACCUUUCCCACUCUCUAUUUCCAAGCAGGAGCUCCCCUUGGCCUCCGUGUCUCGCUCUGGCCAGGCAGAUGUGGUGUGCCAACGGUACGCAGAGUGCAGAUCCUGAGCAGAAGAACAACUGAGGAGAGAGGCUCCCCUGGUGACCCAAACGCAGGCGGCUCUGCAUUGACCAAGUGUGAUGCCAAAGGAAGAGCUAGGCUUCAAAACAGGCCGCUGGACUGGAGACUCCACCACCAGGUGCCGUUGUCAUUCCUGACCUCCCCAGGUUGCGGCGUUGGACGUGCCCUGAUCCUUGGAAAGGGGUGGCAGUGGGGAGUUGUGACACUCCUGCACGCUGCAAGGGCUCUACUGAGGCUCUUGGUGGACACAGCAGGAACCCACACGCACAGAUGGAUGCCAAGAUCCGCUCCUUCCUCUGUCUGGCAAGCUCUGCUGACCCCUGAGGUCGUUCCCAUGCUUGCGGAGGUUCAAUGGGCUUGGUGUUGGUUGUCGCUUGUGCUCACCUUGCAGUCACCGGGUGUUCUUCCUUUGCCCAUCAUAGGGGUCCCCCGUUCUGAUGGGGUCUCUGUGCCUUCUGCUGAUCACAGAGAACAUGGGUUUGUUCUCUUACAUCCAGGUUCAGUAUCAUUUUUUCAUGUUAUGCAAUAUUUCUCUUCCUUCCAUUUUGUGUGGUGUUUUUUUUUUUUUUUCCCCCCCCCAGGCUACCAACUGAUCCCUCUCGUGUCUGCAGUAACCCGAAUGUAGUCUAGUAAGGUUUGCUCAAGUGAGAUGGAAGACAAAGAGGUAGGCUCCAAAACAGACUUGCGGUAAGUGUUUUGUAUGGCUUGGGGUUUCUAGCAUGUCAUCUGUUUUUCUGUGUAACCUAUGUGGUUCAGUACCUAAUAUGAAGGUUUCUUCUUUCCUUCUAGUAUUGGAGACUUAUCCACCACAUGGUGAUGCUUUCCUGACCUCCUUGAUUGCAGUGUGGGAUGUGCCCUGAUCCUUGGAAAGGGGUGAGUGAUUCCUGCAUCCUCACUAGAAGGUAAUCUCUACUUACCUUUUCUUGUGUCCAUCAGGUGGCACUGGAGAGUUGUGACCCUGCUGAGCAGUGCAAGGACUCUACUGAGGCUCUUGGUGGACACAGCAAGAACCCACACCCGUAGAUGGAUGCCAAUAUCUAUUCCUUCCUCUGUCUGGCAAGCUCUGGUGUCCCCUGAGGUCAUUCCCAUGCUUGCAGAGGUCCUAUGGACUUGUUGGUUGUCACUUGUGCUCACUGGGCUUUCCAAGGGUGUUCCUCUUGCUUGACACCACCUUUCCCACUCUCUAUUUCCAAGCAGGAGCUCCCCUUGGCCUCCGUGUCUCGCUCUGGCCAGGCAGAUGUGGUGUGCCAACGGAUCAAAGCCUUCAGAAUUCAACCAAAAGAAAUGAGGAGAGAGGCUGCCGUGGGUGAGACAGGAGAAGUGCCCCUUGAAGCGGGGGACGCCCUGCUGGCACUGCCUCUCGCAUCCAUCGGCAGCACGUUCCUUCUCUCUCCUUGCCUCCUGGCGCUUUGCCGUCUCCCACGGCUCACCAGGUCCGAAUGUUCCCUGAUGGAGUCCAACUCCAGCUUGACCAUCACUCACCCCAUCUGUCCCCGCAGCAGCUGGCUUAGGGCUCUCCAGUACUGCUGGAUGUCAGAGCCUUCUGUUGCUCCCUGCCAACAUGGUGGUCUUCAUUCUUUUUAGGUUCAGUAACGUGUCUUCUUGUUAUACAGUGUUACUCUUCUCUGUUUUCUUGUGUUUCAUGUUGCCUGUCAAUGCCUCUCUGGAGAUACACUGAGUGAAAUGUAAACUGAUGUUCUUUGACCGUGUGUGAUGGAAAAUGAAGAUGUAGGCUCCACUCCAGCUAUCGUAUCCACUGUCCUAGUCGAAGCGGGAAGGACCAUUUUGACUAUUUGUCAACGCCCACAUGGCAAUCUGAAUUUAGGAGCUGCUUUCACAGACGUGUCGCUGCAGGGCAAAGAAGGCCUCAAAACUUCAGCGGACCUGUACCCCCAAGAGAGCUCUGAAACUUACAUUAAGAAAAUGUCUUAAUAUUU